AUCAACUCAACAAAAACACACGAUAUGCCGGCCUUGUGUCUAAAGCUCCAAAGAUGCAAGGCUUUAACAUGGGAAAAUAUGUGCCCCCCGAUUUGGAGGGCACAACAAGUGGGAACAAACUACACAAUAAGCAUGCCUUAGGUACGCGAGCGUCCAAACUCAAGCAGGGCAUCUUGACUGUCCGAUUCGAGAUGCCCUACGCCAUAUGGUGCAGCACCUGCCCUAAAUCUACGAUCAUCGGUCAAGGUGUCAGAUUCAAUGCGGAAAAGAAGAAGAUCGGAAACUAUUACACCACACCGAUCUGGAGCUUCAAGAUGCGUCAUGCUGCCUGUGGUGGCGAAAUCGAGCUACAGACUGACCCCAAGAACACUGCAUACGUAGUCAUUUCCGGCGCCAAAAAGCGAGAUACUGGCGAUGAUAUCGUCAGAGAUGGUGACAUGGUCAUCAUGACUGAUACAGAACGAGAGGCUCUGCGGCAGAAUGCCUUUGCAAACCUGGAGAAGACGAUUGAGGAUCGUGCUGCCGCCAAGGCAACCACAGACAGGAUUGAUGGGUUGAUAGAAGUGUCCUCAAAACACUGGGAUGACCCAUACACCCAAAAUCAGAAAUUGCGAAAAGCAUUCCGUACGGAACGAAAAAGUCUGGAGAAGAAAGCUGCUGCAGAUGAGCGGCUUUUGGAUAGUAUGAGCCUGGGCAUUGAUCUCCUUCCAGAAUCAGAAGGUGACAGGCUACGAGCCUCACUUGUUCAAUUUGAUAGCGGUGAUGAUCGAGGUGACAAAGCGCUAUCAUCAGCUCUCUACUCUCGAACAGCCACAUCAUCGCCGUCCACUCGCUCACGAUCUAGCCAAGCUAAGUCCACAAAGGUGCCACCAGAGAAGCAGGCUCUUGUGACCAAAGUUCUGAACAACACACGGACAGCAAAAGAUCCCUUUUUAGUUUCACACGCAUCCAAAGAGAUGAUUUCAUCCAAGGGUGUGGCCUUAGUGCCGGGAGUUAAACGAAAGCGCGCCGCUGGCAGCGGCAGUCAGCCACCUGCAUCAACGACAGACAAUCCGAGUACACAAUCUACAUCAAAGAGCUUGGUAGAAUACGAUUCCGAUUGAUUGUCGGCAUGAUUUUCUUUAUUAAACAUAGCGCGGCGUUUGGAUAAGGCACAUAACAUUAUACCCAAUACUACAUAAUGGAGUCUUUCUUUUUACUACAAUACAAGUUAAUC